AUGAGCUAUUUUGACGUGAGCGAGUGGAAUUUGAGUUUGAGUGGUAUUGAUAACCAAAAUAUCCGACUAUUGAUUCGACAGUUUCAGCGAACGCUCGUGGCAGUCCCGGGAUAUGGCGUUCCGAUUCUACAGUGCUUACUGCCUUUGGCAGCUCGUCACGCGACCAGUCUAGAUGCACUUCUGACGCUAGCAACCCGGUUUCGCUCCUCUCCCUUACUGCCCAGUGGCACCCAAGAGUCCGAGCCCGCCAAUUUGGGAGAUCAGAGCUCGAAUCUUGCCUCUGACAGUUACCAACAUGCCGUCAAAAAUCUGCAAGCCAAUUUGUUUCGUUUGCAGUCCGGGCAUGGAGAUAUUGAAGAGGCUAUCGCGAUCUCGAUGAUCCUCUGGAUCUCCUGCCUUCCGGGGCACGAGAUUUGGUACAUUCAUUUGCAUGGUCUGAUCGCACUUCUUGACACCACACCACUGCCUGCAUUUGAGACUCUGCUCCCUUUGUCUCUCCAGAGAUAUGCGUCGUUCGCGGCCGCACAUGCCGACAUCAAAGCCAUUACCAUUGGCAGGGCCGACCCUAGCCAGCGACUUUGGCUGAGGUGGAGGUUAUGCCCCCCAGAAGAAAUAUUAGCUUUUCCGUCUGAGGAGAAGAUGCUUUCUGGGUGGGAAAUCAGCUCUGGGUACCCGGAGACGUUGAUGACAGUCAUUGCUUUAUUAUCGGCGGUUGUGGACGACGAUCUCUCUGGCCAAAACCCCUAUCCCGUCAGUGAGGAUUAUCUCGAACAACUUACUUUUCAGACCUCUCAUUCGGCUGGUUUGAGUGUGAGUCCCAUUCCCCGACGCACCAUGCCUAUGAAUGAGCCAGAGAAAAAGUAUAUUCGUGUGAUGGAGACACUGAUUACGCGUUGGAAGUCACCUUCGAUGCCCGAUUCUAUGCCCCUGGAAACAAGUCUUGUUCUCAGCACCGCAUGGGAGGUCAUACGAAAAGCUGCAUUGAUAUAUCUAUGGCGCGGUGGCUUUGAUACCGAUCCAAUGGCCCCGUUAUCCACUGAGCAGGAACUCUUCAUCGAUCAGUAUAUCCGGGAGAUGUGCGGUGGCAUUGAGCAAAUCAUCCAAGCGGCCGAAAAGCAUCAUAUACCCCUGGCGCUCACGCUGAUAUGGCCGCUGGCGGUCAUCGGCAAUGAGGCCUCACGGUCUCCACAGCUGCAGGAUAAGAUACGGGAUUACCUCGGGCGUAUGUAUACCUACUUUCAGAUUCCCCAUCACCAGUUGCUUGGGAGCGUACUGCAGAAGUUGUGGGAGGCAGCGGUUGAACGCAACCUCAAUUUCACCACAGGUGCUCCCUUAAGUCUACAGUCUAUUUGUCUAGAGGGCAAUAUACUAGUGCCAUUGUUGUAA